AGAAGAACGUCUAUACUGUGGCAGAAUCAGUUGCUACAGAACUUGUCUUACAGAGCAUUACCGGGCCACUUGGUUCUAUUGAACCAGAUGAGUCCUCGAAGAAUAAAUUGAAAGACCCCAAAGCUGUCAAAUCUGGUAGGUCAUCCCAUGAAGAAAAAGAAGGUAACAAAGUCACAAGAAGAGAAAAGAUCUAGGCCGCGAAAGAUGAUGGAGUUUCACAAUAUCAAGAUAAGCCAGGUUGAGCUAUGUGUUACUUACGAAGGAUCUAGAUUUGUUGUAAAUGAUCUUAAGUUGCUGAUGGAUACAUUUCACCGUGUUGAGUUCACCAGCACUUGGCGGAGACUCUUUUCGCGGGUUAAGAAGCAUAUCAUUUGGGGAGUUUUGAAUUCUGUGACGGGAAUGCAGGGUAAGAAGUUCAAGGACAAGGCUAACAGUCAGAGGGAACCCAGUGGAUCGGGUGUUCCGGAUAGUGACCUUAAUUUCAGUGACAAUGAAGGUCAGCCAGAACAGCCUGACCAGAAUCCUAUAACGUUUCUCAAGCGUCCAAGUGACGGAGCAGGUGAUGGAUUUGUCACUUCCAUCAGAGGCCUUUUCAAUACUCAACGUCGCAAGGCCAAAGCAUUCGUACUGCGAACCAUGAGGGGUGAAGCAGAGAAUGAUUUCCAAGGAGAUUGGAAUGAAAGUGAUGCAGAGUUCUCUCCACUUGCUAGGCAGCUCACUAUAACGAAAGCUAAGAGACUUAUCCGGCGGCAAACGAAAAAUUUCCGUUCAAGAAAAGGUUCAUCCUCACAACAGAGAGAUUCACUCGCAUCCUCGCCAAGGGAGACCACUGCAUUCGAGAGUGAUUCUUCGAGUGGAUCCUCGCCCUACGAAGAUUUUAAUGAGGGAAACAUUUUGUCCUCCAGAGAGGUUCCUUGAAGGCGGCUUUAAGAAACCCCAGUCGAGAAGGGGAGUAAAAUGAGACAAUAUUAUUUGUUCUAGUCGGGUGGCCACUAUAGAAAGAAGGAUUUCAGGUGCCAUGUUCAUCAUCCAAGGACGCACGAGGAAGAUUGAUGCAUCCCUUGGUAUCGCUUCGAGACCGUGCAUUUGUGCAGCAGAAGACAGACUAACUUCGAGCAAUGCGGGUUGAAGCCAUCUCUCACGCCUUGAUGGUCUUCGGCCUCGGGAUGUAAUACUAUUUGCCACAAGGGGCUGGUUGUAUAGUUUUGUAAGUUGAGCUGAAGAAAACAGAGGGUCCUAAAUUUGAAGAGCUCUCGGUUAAUUUCCCUAAAUCUGUACAUAGAUUCAAAUAUAAAUUUUGAAAUAAAUGAAUGUAGAAUCUCUCCCUCCUAAA